AUGGAGACGGAGUUUCGCCUCUGUUUCUCCUUUCCACGCUGUUUACACUUCAGUGCUGCCCGGCUAUAUCAAUCUGGAUUCGAUCCGGCUAGUAGAGGUGCAGGAGCCUCUGGCGAGAGAACACUUUCAACAUCGACGUCGAAGCGAAGUCUCUCAGCUCCAGCCGGUUCCUCGGAGGAGUCGAGAAGCAGCAGUCUGCCGAGUGUGCGACGUGUCUCCCCCCAGAGAUCCCAAAUAACAACUGCCGGAUGCGAAGCGCUGGACACCUCAACACCUCAUCUCAACCUCAAUCGGUCGGAACUAACGCAUGCUAACAGUGAUGCGAUUGAGGUAUCGCGAACUACCUUCCGUCAGAGACGAAUAGCUGCCUUACUUCAGCGUCAGGAACAAUUAAAGGCCGAACUGACUGAUGCGAAAAUUCGCCUCCUCGCAGAUCCCGGAUCUUGGAGCUUCGACUUGAACGUCGCAGAACAUAUGAAUCCCAAUGAUGAAGGAUUUCUUGAGGCUCUAACCGAUGAAACGGAGUUGCUUCAACAACGUGUGAAUGCGUGCCGAUCCCAUGCACAAUACUUGGCAUUUUUCCAACCCCCUCCUGUUCCUCAACCACCGCCACCGCCAUCCAGUUCCCAUGAUACCUCCAACUGA